CGGCUCGGACAUGGCGGACGGCAGCAGGCAGAUCAAACUGGCCGCGGCUAAGAAGAAGCUGAAGGAAUAUCAGCAGAAGAACAGCCCUGGAGCAACAGCAGCAGCCAAGAAGAAACGAAAAAGUAAAGAUGGAAGUAGACCUGAGACUCCAACAAAUGAUGACAGAAAGUCUCCAGAGAACGUACAAGAUGCCGAUGAUCCUAAAAAUGCCUUGGAUGAAAAUAGGUCUCUCUCAUCGACAGAGAGUCUCCGCCAGUUGUCUGAGCAGCUCAAUGGCUUGGUGUCACAGUCCACAUCCUAUGUGAAUGGCGAAAGUGCUGUCUCUUCCACAAAUAUGAAGGAGAUGGAGACACGUUACCAGGAGCUGGCAGUAGCCCUAGAUUCCAGCAAUCUAACUAACAAACAGCUCAGUACAAAACUAGAGGAAUUGAAACAGCAAAACCAAGAGGCUAUGAAUCAGCUGGAGAAGGAAAAGAAGGGGUUUGAACAGAAGUUUGCCAAGGAGCAAGGAUCAUUGAGGGAACAGCUACAGGUUCAUAUCCAGACUAUUGGAAUCCUAGUCUCUGAGAAAUCUGAAUUGCAGACAGCACUAGCACAUACACAACAAGCUGCCCGGCAGAAAUCAGGAGAAGCUGAAGACCUUGCUGCACGGUUGCAGUCAUCUCGCCAGAGGGUAUCUGAGCUGGAACGCACUCUGUCCUCCAUCUCUACGCAGCAGAAACAGUUGGAGAAACAUAAUAGAGAGGUAGUGAAGGAGCGAGACAGCCUGAAACUGGAUCUGUACAAACAAAGCAAAGGCAGCGAGGAACUCAAGCAGCAGAACUCAGAACUGUUGGAGAAGCUUCACUCCCUGGUCUCUGAGAACUCAGCCAUGAAACUGGAUUUGGAGGAUUUGCAUAAGAAACUGGAAAUGGCUGAGCUGAUGAUUCAGCAGUUUUCAAGUCAGUCAGGGAUUCUGGAUGCAAACCAGCAGUUGCAGAUGGCAUUGGAAGAGCGGGCAAACCUGGAAACACAGAUUACUCAGCUGUCAGAGUCGCUUCGCCAGCUCCAGGUUGAAAGGGAUCAGUAUGUAGAGAAGCUGAAGGAGGAGGGCAGUAUCUGGCAGCAGCGGGUACAGCAGCUCUCUGAGCAGGUCCAUACGCUGAUGGAGGAAAAGGAGAAGAAUGUGACCCAGAUUCAGGAGCUGGAAGCCAGUGUUGCUGAGAUGCUAAGCAGAUCAGCUAAGCCUAAUGACAGUGAGCCUGCCCUGCCAGAAGGGCCCACAGAAGCUGAGCUGAGCCUGCAGGAAGAGGUCCAGCGGCUGCAACAAGAGAAGGAGGAACUUCAUGGACAGUACCAGGCCCAGGUGCGGGAUAAUGAGCAGCUGAGCCACCUCAACCAGGAGCAGGAGGAGCGGCUGCAGGAGCUCGAGAAGACUGUGCAGCGCUAUAGCGAGGAGUCUGUGGACAGACAGCAGAUCCUGGAAAACAUGCAGAGCGACAAAGCCACCAUCAGCCGAGCUCUCAGCCAAAACCGGGAGCUGAAGGAGCAGCUGGCUGAGCUGCAGAACGGCUUUGUCAAACUGACAAAUGAGAACAUGGAGGUGACAAGCGCCCUGCAGUCGGAGCUGCAUGUGAAGAAGGAAUUGGCCAAGAAGAUUGGGCAGCUACAGGAGAAGCUGGCUGAGCUCACAGAGACGGUGGAACUGAAAACGCAGGAGGCUCAGGGCCUGCAGGAGCAGCGGGAUCAGUACUAUGGCCACUUGCAACAGUAUACUGUGGCAUACCAGCAUCUGGCCAACGAGAAGGAGGAGCUGCAUAAACAGUACUUGCUUCAGACACAGCUCAUGGACCGUCUGCAGCAUGAAGAAGUGCAAGGCAAAGUGACAGCGGAGUUGCACCUGAAGGAGCUGCAGCAGACCAAGGAAAGCCUGGCAGCUGUAGCCAAAGAAAACAGAGAGUUGCAGGACCAGAUCAGUCACUCCUUUGUAUAUUUCCUUCAUCUCAUAGGAGAUGGAGUGGAGACUGAAAAGAUGAUAGAAGAAACUGUGAAAUCUUCACUAGUGAUCCCAGAGGAUUUUGAAAGCCGUGAAGAAAUGGUCACUUUCUUGACAUCUGCCAUGUCCCAAGUGGAGAAGGAGCGAGAGGAGAUGAGACAGCAGCUGGCGGAGCAGAAACGACAAUGUAGAGGUCUCCUGCAGCAAAUUGCAGCUCUGAGGCAGGAGCAGCAACAUAAUGUCACAUCAGGUUACACUACAGACACUGUCCCAGUGGAGGUUCAUGAGGCUUUAAAAACUGCCAUGGAGAAACUACAGUCCCGCUUCACAGACCUGAUGCACGAGAAGGCUGACCUGAAGGACCGAGUGGAGGAACUGGAGCAUCGCUGCAUACAGCUGUCUGGUGAAACAGACACAAUUGGGGAGUAUAUUGCAUUGUACCAGAGUCAGAGGGCUAUCCUAAAACAGCGGCACCGGGAGAAAGAGGAGUAUAUCAGCCGGCUGGCCCAGGAUAAGGAAGAGAUGAAGAUGAAGUUAUUGGAGCUCCAGGAGUUGGUGAUGCGUCUGGUUGGGGAGAGGAAUGAAUGGUACAGCAAGUAUUUGGCAGCUGCUCAGAACCCAGACCUGCUAGUAAGUCAAGAAAGUGGAAGUGCCAUUGCAGUUGAGAGGCGCAUUGAACUGAAUGCUACCGAUGGAGAAGGACUGCGAGAGGUGAGUUUAGCAGAUGAGCCAGAACAGGAGGCUGCAGUUCUUGAAUCCCACGUAUCUAGUCAUAGCAAAGGCCCCCAGCCCAGUCCAGAGGAUCCCACUGCUAAGCAAAUCAUGCAACUUCUGAGAGAAAUCCAGAACCCUCAGGAGAGGGUGGGGUCCCUAUUGGAAAACCCCUGCAUUCCUUUCUUCUAUCGUGCCGAUGAGAACGAUGAGGUCAAGAUCAUGGUGAUUUAAAUGGCAUGAGAAACCUGGCUUGCGGCAAUUUUCUGUGAGCCUGUUAAGUACCCAAACUGCUUAAAUUCACCCUGUAUCUCUGUCCAGACAGUAUGGACAGAUUUCCUCUUCGUGGGGAAAGAGGGAUUGCAUCAGACAGAACUCGAGCACCAGACCUCCUCAUCUCUCCCUUUUCUCUCUCCUCCUGUUACUUGGUGCACUCUGAGGACAGACUCUGACUUGAAGUAAUCAUGUGAGGCAGUCGGUAGUGCUGCCUCUGCUGGCCCACAUGAAAGUGGCGGGACUUCUUCAUGCCCUCUGACAGAGUAACUUGAACACUUAUUUCCUAGCUCUCUGGAAGGACUCUGCUGCUGGCAGCCAGCUUCUCAGCAGUGAUUGGCUUGUGACUGUUGCACCAGCCAUGAUUGCUAUCUGCCCAUCUCCUUCCAAAAGGCUCUAAAGUAACUUAUUCUGGCAACAAACUCUUUGGAUUCUGAGUGAUUAUUUGUGUUUCCCACCAUGUAUCUUAAACCUCCCAUUUUUCUCUACAGCCUGUCUCCUGCACUGUAUCUGAAACCAGUCUUAUUAGUCCCAAACAGCCAAAAGACACAGGCUUCUUGCCUGACUAGGCAGCACUACAGAAACUUUUAUUCACAUUAGAUAGGAGGGAAGUGGCCAGCGGUUGCCUUCUGAGUCCUCUUGGGACAGAUGCUUGGUUACUUGGCAUAAGCUUUAUGUGGUUGGUUGAGGGUUGGGUGGAAAUGUAACUGCACUUUGAAGGAUGAUGUUUCACCUUGUUUGUCUGAAAGUUUUAUUUAUUUAAAAAAAGGGAGAAAUAAGUAAAAGCAAAUCACUUAAUAAACGUGCUUUGUUUUGAAUUUCUGGACUCUGGGAUUCUAGUUCCCCAUCUCUUGGAUUCCUUUUUCUCCCUACAUCUCCAUACGGACAAGGCUUCCACUAGCUGAGUGCAUUAGGGACCUCCUGGGCUGACCUUAGUCUGCUCCCGGUAAUUCCAGACACACAUGCAAGAGAUGGAGCUCUUCACCUGGAAACACUUCAAAGUUGCAGAACUGAUUGAGGCGAAAACAAGGUGACAAACAUUUGAGUUGAAUGUUUGUGCUGAAAGAAUCAGUUCCCUGAUCUAGAAGCAAAGAAAAUGGAUUGUGAUGAAUGGAGCAACUCACUGAAAGACACUCUAAAGAUGGUGUGUCCAGGGCUCAACCACCAUGGGUUACCAUCUCCAUCUGCUAGGAAUAACACCAGUGUCUGAUAAGUACAUAUGGGUUUAAAAUCUAGAACUUGUUGCCUGCUGUCUGUGGGCUCAGCAAUCCCAGUGGCAGGUCUCGAAGGAGAACUCUCUGGAGAGUGUGUAUGUGUAUUUUAAGGAGACCUAAUUUACAUAAAGUUGUGCAAUGCAAGACAAAUUCCAGGUUGAUGACUUAAAAGCACAUGCACAUGCUUGACUCCCAUUAGUACCGUUCUGUUUGUGCCAGAGAGGCUCUGGCAAACAGAGGCUAUGCUGGUUUAUGACUUUCUUAGUUAAAAUUCUGCAGGUCCUUUCUAUAAUCAGUUCUGUUUUAUUUUGAUCAAGCCUUUUUUUUAGGGAACAGUUGUUCCACAGCGAAAAGCACAUGAUGUUUGGGAUUUUUUUAAAUGAAUUUAAACGUUUAUUUUAGUGGGGAAAGAGGUUCUGUGGAAUAAAAUCAAUGCACUCCUCUGAAAUUUGAACAGCUGAAUGUUAGCCUAUCGGGGGAGGAUAGAAACUGUUUUUAAGUCCUUUCAUUUGAACAGCCCUGAUAUUGACUGUCAGUGUUGUGGGCAGAGUGCACUGCUGGAGGCAUCAGGCAGGGCACUAGCAAGGUGGGCCUGUGAGCUCCUGUUUGCACGAGUUUGUACAUAGUGUAUCUGUGUAACAUUUUGUAUAUUCCUUGAAGAAAAAAUACAGCCCCUUGCAGCAUUUUUGCCUGCUGGGGUUGCUCAUAACCUGUAUUAUAAAAAAUGAUCUAACUGCAGUGGGGAAGGGUUAUGAUUUAAUACAGAGUGUUAUUAUUAUAAAAGGGGUAAAUAUUUAUUGGGUGUUCUAUUCCAGGAAUGUGAAGGAAAACACUGUUGGAGAAAUUUUUGCAUUCUGCUGCAGAGGUGAUUUAAUCCUGUUAUAAAUUCUUUCUUUCUGAAUAAACUU